AUGAGUUUGAGCCGUUUAAGGAGUGCUUUGAGAUGUGAUUUGGUGAAAGUUAGUCCAUCAAGCGCGCUGGUUGCGAAAGUUUGGGGACCUUGUAUGAGGGAAUUAAGCACUGGUACUUCGCAACGUGGUGCUGUUUCACAACACAACACCAAACCAGAUUGGAAUAGAGCUGUGAGUGAGGCCGAGAAAAUUGUUGGUUAUCCAACAUCUUUUCUUAGUUUGAGAUGGGUGAUGAGCGACGAAAUCGCAAAUGUCGCGUUGCAUUUGCGAAAAUUGGUAGGAAGCAAUCAUCCGUUGCUGAAAACUGCUAAAAACUUAAUUUACAAUGGCAAGAACAACAUGCAAGCUUGGGGUCUCAUCGUAUUGUUGGUGUCGAAGGCAGCUGGUCACAGCCCUGAAAUCCCUGACAUGGAACAGGAUAAGGCUGCGGGGGUGUUGCACAGCCAACGCGCCCUCGCCGAAGUUACAGAAAUGAUUCGCACAUCGCAUCUCGUUCACAAAGGCCUUGUGAAUAUGAACUCAAGUCGUCCAAUUGAAGAACCAGAUAAUAUGAUGUUUGGAAACAAAAUAGCAUUACUCAGUGGCGAUUACCUCUUGGCUAACUCUUGUACCGAAUUGGCUAAUUUACGGAAUCAAGAGCUAGUAGAGCUGAUGUCAUCAGCGGUAAGAGAUUUAGCGGAGGCUGAGUUUCUUGGAGAGAGAGAUGAGCAGAACAAUCCAUUACCUUCACGACCUCUGCCGGUUGACCAAUUGGAGCCAGCUUCAGACUGGGAGUGCCUUACCUCGCCGCUACCAAUGACGGGCGUGGCAGGUUGCGGUCGCCGUGAAUGGGUAGCGAGACACGUUCUCGCAGCUGGAGCUUUGCUAGGAAAGAGCUGCUCAGCUGCACUUAAGCUGGCGGGGCAUGAUCCAGCGUUGCAGAGCAAGGGAUAUCUAUUCGGUUGCCACCUAGCACUAGCGUGGCAGGCAUUCCUGGAUCUGGAAGCGUUCACAGGCCCAGAACCAACCAGCUUCUCUCUCGUGGGAGCUCCACUCGCCUUCACAUUAGAAGCGAGGCCUGAACUCUACUCUUAUAUCGAGGCUGGUCGCAAAAGUGUACAGGACGUCGACUAUCAUGCUCUAUACGAAGCAGUAGUAGCGGGCAAUGGUAUAGAACAGACCAAAGCAUUACAACGGGAGCACAUUUCACGCGCGUGCGACGUCCUCGACAGCUUUCCAAAUUGUGACGCGCGGACGGCACUCACCAACAUAAUUGUUGCUAUGCAUCCCUGA